GACUUUGUGGUUCUGAGCCAUAUAUUGCUCCGGAACAAUUUGAAACAAAAGAGUACGAUGCUCGACUUGUUGAUGUUUGGGCAUGUGGUAUUGUAUAUUACUGCAUGAUAUAUCAAGGCAUCCCAUUUAGAAUGGCAACUCCAUCGGAUCCAAAUUACACUAAUUACCUAGAAACGAAAAGUCUGGGUCUAUAUGAACCGUUUGAAAAACUUCCAUCGGGUUGUCGGGAAUUAAUGUAUCAAAUUUUAGAACCUGACGCUAAUAAACGUAUCACUAUCGAAUCAAUCAAGAAGGAUACGUGGUUCCAAAUGGUCGAAUGUUGUGUGGACAAUUGCAGUCUAACGAAAAAACAUAACCAUGUUCCGCCAGAUUAUUUGAAAGAAAUUCAACAAAAUCAACAAAAUAAUCCUGUUAAAAAGUAA